AUGACUACCAUCAAAACCGUCGCCGUCCUCGGAGCCACCGGCAACCUGGGCCCCGCCCUCGUCCAAGCCCUCCACGACGCCAACUUCACAGUAACCGCCAUCACCCGCGCCAACUCCUCCAACCCCACCCCCAGCACAUUCCCCUCCGACGUCACCGUCAAAUCAGUAGACUACACCUCCCCCGAGGCGCUCCGCGCCGCGUUCACCGGGCAAGACGCUGUCGUGUCCGCCGUCGCCACCCCGGCGCUGGGCAUCCAGAUCGCGGCGAUCGAUGCGGCUGUUGCGGCGGGCGUGAAGAGGUUUAUCCCCAGCGAGUAUGGGGUUGAUACUCGCCAGGCGGUGGGCACGACGGUGGGAAACAUUUUGGCGAAGAAGAUUGAGGUGGUGGAGUAUUUGCAGGAGGUUGUGAAGAAAGGGACGGCUCCGGGGUUUAGUUGGACGGGGUUGUCGACGGGGUUGUUUUUGGAUUGGGGCUUCGACUUCAACGGCCUCGGCGUGAUCGACCUCAAGGAGAAAAAAGCCACCAUCAUCGACUCCGGCAACGAAAAGUUCUACACCAGCACACUCUCCCACAUCGGCCGCUCCGUGGCCGGUAUCCUGCUGCACCCCGACGAGACAGCCAACAAGUACCUCGCCACGGCGUCGCACAAUUUCUCGCAGAACGAGCUCCUGGCCGUUGUCGAAGAGCUGACGGGGACCAAAUUUGCCGUCAUCCACGAGAAGUCGGAGGAUCUGACUAGAGUGGGACUGGAGAAGCUUGCGGCGGGUGAGCCGAUUGCGUUUAUCUACUUUUUGCGGACGUGGAACGGGACGGAUGGUAUUGGACAUGGCUUGACGGAGGAGGAGAGUGAUAAUGCGCUGGUUGGGGUGCCGUAUGAGGAUACCAAGGCUGAGGUGCAGCGCUGGCUGGAGCGGGCGGGUGCUGGCGUGUCGACGGUUAAUAAGAGGGAGUCUUACGAGUAG